AAACAAAGAGAUACUCAAAAUCGCAAUGCAAGGAAAUUAGAGUAUUUGAUUGAGCUACUUUGUAUUAGAUCAUGGGAUCUUCGUAUUCAAGAAGGACACUAAGCAAUGCAUCAUCACGAUCCAAGACAAGUUCCAAAGUUGGCUCGACCUCAGAGCCUGACCAGGACAAUAACAUAUCUGGGUUGAACUCCGAAAACAACUUUACUCACGAACGAAAAGACAGCAAAAAAUUCUGGAUUUCACAUGUUAGGUUUAGAAAAAGAAGCAGUGGAGAUAUACGUGUGAGAAGAUCUUCUUCUGAGAGGAAGCCUGAUACGCGUUCAAAUCCUAAGUCAACUUCAGAAGAGCAAACACGACGCAGCUCCAAAWCAGGCUUGAAUAAAAGUUUAUCUUUUGAURCRGGGCAUCAGAGAWGCRGUUUUGCUGGUAAAGUAAACUCAGGAGGUUCUGAAACGACCACAGUUUCCUCGCCGAGCUCAAGGAAAGAGGAAAAGGAAGGAUUAAUUGAAAAUUCCGGUGUUGUCAACCACACUGACAACCUCAAGAAUAUGUCAUUGAGUGUAACACAAUUGUACAAUAUUCUCAAUGAUGGAGCCUUAUCACCCUGCAUUUGUGACCCUACUUAUGUCCUUUUGAUUGACACUCGAAGCAAAGAGGAGUACAAUACUAAUCACAUUCUAAUGGCGCGCCAUGUGACAUAUGUUACUAACGAUUUGCAUGAAAAAAAUAUAUAUGGCUUUCCUUCAAACKUCAAUAUAUCUGAGUUCACUUGGGUGAUCAUUUAUGGAAAUGAUCUGACAGAUGAUGCUGGUGAUAGCAAUGAUGAAAUUAAGCUUAUGCGAGAACUUGACGCAAGCUACRACACAGAGUCAUUUAUAUUAGUGUCUGGGUUUGAAUCCUUUYUUGAAGCAUUCCCUUUUCUAUGUUCUGACCAAGAAAAGGUGGAUUUCAAAACACUACAAGUAUAUCCAUCAGCAAUCAUAGAAAACCAUCUCUACCAAGGGCGUGGUGAUCAAGCCACAAGCCUUAAAGUUAUUGAUGACCUACARAUAACACAUAUUGUUAACAUCACACAGGAACAUGCCAGUGCAUUUCCAGAGAAAGUUAACUAUCUAACUCUAAAACUAGAUGAUGUUUCUCAUACUCAGCUCAUAAAGCAYUUUGAUAAAACCACUGAUUUCAUAAUCAAUGCAUUGUCAAGUGGUGGGCGUGUUCUUGUGCACUGCAAUUUGGGUGUGAGCCGUAGCUCCACGGUUACUAUCGCUUAUUUGAUACAUGCCAAUAAAUGGACAUUGCGACAGGCAUAUGACUUUCURAAAGACAAGAGAACUUGUAUCAGGCCAAAUAGAGGAUUCUUAAAGCAACUUGCUAUCUGGGAAGAGUUGAAACUAGGGAAGAAACAUACAGAUCCUGAUGAUCUKUGGUUCUAAGAGUUUUAUAUUCAAUCAUGGUAUUCCUGUCUCAAC